CGCUGCUGUGCGUGUCAGGUCGGUGUGAGUCCAGUUGCGGCCGGGCUUCAGUGGACGGUUGGGUGCACAGAACCGGGAACCGAGCUGAGCGGGAGUGGUGCGGGACAAAAAAAAUCGUUGCUCUGGACGGAGAGGCAAUGGAUGUCACAGAGCGAGGAUGGAUCAGCCGCUGGGACGACACCGGCUGUCGGCCCACUCUUCUUGAAACUGGAUGUUUGAGUGAUCCAGAUGCCAAUGUUGACAUUGGUACAAAGCCUGAAGUAGAAAAGGAAGAACUUCAUGUAGAAUUGGCCAAGCUGGAAGAUGAAAUAGCAGCAUUGCGGCAGACACUGAUUGCCAAGGAGAAACAUCUAAUUGAAAUAAAACAGAAGAUGGGUAUUACUCCACUGAAUGAAAUAAAGCAUAACUUAAGCAAAAGUUGGCAUGAAAUGCAGACUUCUGUGAUAUACAAAAAAACACAGGAGACGCUCAAUAACACUGGACAGAAGGCAUCAGCAGCUUUAAAUAAUGUAAGCUCAACGCUUACUAAGAAACUAGGAGAGAUGAACUUGCAUUACCUAAGGCUACUGUUCCCAAACAGAAAUUCUCCCACUUUAAAGUCCUUUGAAGAGCGGGUGGAAACUACUGUCAGUAGCUUAAAGUGUAAAGUCGGUGUACCUACCCGCAGCAGUGGAAGUUUUGAAGAUGUGUUGAACUCUGCUGCUAAUGCCAGUGUUCAAGAAUCAAGCCCGGGGUAUCAGCAAGCUAAAGACUUUGGAGCGUUUUAAAUCUUUACGUU